UGGAUAAUCUGGAGUGGAUCUUUGGGAAAAAUUGCCGGAUAUAUCAUCCAGCCUGCUUACAUCUUAAAUGAAAUAUUUGAAUAGGAAACAGUGAGCAAUUUAUAAGGAAGAGAUUACUUUGAAUUGUUUGAUGGAAACAGAGAAUUUUUUUUUUUUUUUUUUUUUUACAAAUUUAGUUAAGAAAUAUACAGGUGUGUCUGCUUGUGUUAUUGAUGACCAGGUCACCGCCUGUAAGAUUUGUCUGUACGGGCACUUUUCUAAUCAGGAUUUUGAUGUGUAAGGUAAGUCCUCAUUUGUAGUUAAUAUUGGUCUUUGUCUUCAAAAGUUUCUCAAAGAAAUGUGAAAUAUAAAAAAAGAAAUGGAUGGUUUAUUGUUUUGGUCCUAAAAAUGUCUUUACUACGUCGCCAAGUACCAUCGUCAUAAUGCAUGCAAUGGUCUAUGGUAUUUUAACCAAAGUAUGUCAUCAUUACGGCCUUAUUAGGCAAUAGUUGUCCAUUUGAUAUUACUGAGAUGGUGUCACUAGGAGAGAAAAAAAGGCAUCACGAUGAAGAAUAAUUGAUUUGUAAAAAUAACUUGCGUAUGGUUAACCAUUGGUCGCAAAAUAUAAAUGAUUGGAGUGACCUAGGCUGCAAACAUUUUCAGAAUUUUUAUGGGGAAAAGAUUAAGAACGAGCCCUCAAUGACAGGCUUUUGAAUAGCCCAUAGUAUUGAUUGGAAACCCCCUAGAAAUUGAAAAUAAUUAUUUUCAUCAGGGAAGACCCUGGAUGAGGAAUGUGCUGUUGGUAUUGAUUUUAGUCAAGUAUACAUAGGUUUGGAUUGUAUUAAGGUACAGCCUCUGAUUCCUCUGAUUAAUACUGCAGGUUUCAAGGCAUUGGGUGCUCCAUACUGCAGGUUUCAGAUUUUGCAGUGGGUACUUCUGUAUUGUCAUUGGAAACCCCUGCAAUCAUAUGUUCACUGUUACAGGAAAUGCAUUUAAUGAAGUGUACUUUCAUGUACAACCUACGACUGCAUCAAUUGAAUUGAACCACACAAUGAUUAUAUCAUGGAACAGUGUAAAUAUUUAUGAAAUUUGUGUCAUUUCAAAGGUGAGGUUAAUGCGCUGCGUAGGGUAGAUUGAAAUGGGGGAAGAACAAUACCUAAUAUCACAGACAAUGGAAACACGAAUGUUUACAGAUGAACUUUCUACUAUGCUGGCAAAUUGGUCCUCAGGAAAAGUGACUAUCAAAGCCAUCAUCUUAAUUAGCCAUAAUUGAUCCUAGUAGAUAUCAGAGUGUAUUGACUGGCGUUGAUUUUAUCUAGUCGAGGAUUUGCCACAGCCAUUCUGUGAGGAAUCUGGAAGUGGUCACUUUAGAUUGUGUUGUCGAUGGAUGUUAGAACAUCACCUUAAGCAUCAAGUUGUUUGCUCAAGUCAUAAGGAUGUCCAAAAACUCGCUAUCUCUACGUCUACGAGCAUUGCAAAGAUGUCUAGCUCUUUCUGUUUUUAUAUCUACAUGUAAUUUUUGUGAGAGGAAGUUGUACUGAAGGUUUAUAUUUACAUACUGUCCGUUAAUGCUUUGUUAUGCUAGUGGUUACAUGAAACAAUUGUUUUGAAGGUCAUGUGAAGUUAAGGUCAAGCAGUAAUAAUUUUAAUGAUGUCAUAAUAACUUAUAAUUUAAUUGUUAAAAUUUGAUUUGAUAAAGUGAAGACAUGCAGCAGCAAAUAGUGACUAUUAUAGGUUGUUUGCACUCUUGAUCAGCGGAUGAUAUUUUAAUACGAGAUGCAUUUAUCACAUGUUAGUAUCAUAUGGUACUUAGUACACAAUCAAUAUUUAAUGUAGAUGCAUAAUUUAGUAUGUAUAAUCUUUGAUGCAAUGCGACAUUCUGUACUAAGUAGUUGGCACUGUGGACCCUACAUGUUGCAGAUAGAGUAAGAAAGUGAUGGAAACUAAAAUCAAAUUCACAGAUUCAUCAAGUCAUUAGAAGGGAGUCAUGUUCAAUCUAUAGCUUGAGAAAAUCUAAUUUUUUAUUGUAACUUGUUCUGACUGAGUGAGCUACAAUUAAAAAGGUAAUUGAAGGAAAUGGAUUUAAAUAAUCAGCAAGUUUUACAUUUCUAGUAUUUAAAGUUUUAAGUAGUGUGUGAAAUCCAGAUGAUAUUACUUGUAAGUCGUCAUGGUGAGAGAAGAGUUUGUAUGCAGUAGGGGCAUUGUUAUAUUUUUUUUACUUCCUGUUUGAGGUAAAGAGCACUGAUGAUCUAGGAAAUGUGACGACAAAUACUGUCUGUUUACACUGAGUGAGACAAUGUGAUAUGAACAGUACAUGUAUAUGUUAGAUGGCAGGACUGUGUGUCAACACUUUUAACGUGUACUAGUCUCGAGUAUUACAGGCUUAAAACAUGUUAUAAAAUUAGUCUAUCUAUCAGCUAUAUUAGUUGUGUGUAAUGUUAAAUCAUAUCUGAGUACCAUGAAGUGUGAGUAGCCAUGCAUUACAGCACAGGAGAAAUUGGUGCAGUUCUGUGCUUUAUGUAAUCCAGUUGGAGGGAACUUGAUUUCAUCCAUUAGUGGAAUAACUAUUCCGUAAACCUUCAAGUUUACUGUGUAUUUCAGAACAAUAGGACAAUGCAGUAUGCAAUAAAAUGAUUAUGUGUAUGAUGUGAUUAGGGAAGCUAGUUUUAGUAUAGGUGGUACAUGCCGGUUGUGACAGUUGUGCGAUAAGGAAAGUAGCCCUGAAGGCAAGCCACCUGUCAGCGAUGUGUGACUCGGGUUGAUGGAUGGUCCACAUCAGUGCAGGACAACAGGUCAAACAAAUACUGUGAGUGUGUGCAGGCUUACAGUCACUGAGGAGUUAUCUAUUGGAUUAUUGACAGUUAUCAUCCAAAAAUAUUAUUUUCUGGGUAGUGGAUUCAGGUAUGCGUAUGUGUUUGCUGUGUAAACAGCUUAGUGGAUAACAUUCUGUCAGACUGGUCUAAGGUUCUUCUGUGGUUGAAUUAGAGGAGGAACUUAAUACUGUUUAAGCAAGGUAUUAGAAACACUAGACAGGUAUGUGAUGUGUAUAAAAAGCCAGUAGGAAUUGCAUGCAGUCGCGUGUCCGUGGAACAUUGGAUUAGUUAAUCCCUUCAACAAUGUCAUAAUUUUCAUGGAGUAUAUUUAUGUUUUCCUUGUGGAUUACCAAAUGUGAUAAAAAGUACAAAAGAGUUCACAGAUUAUUGAAUUACGUCAGGACAAAUACAGACUGAGGGCUCCCUGAGGCCGAAGAGCAAGAUGAAAAUGUCCUUUGAUAAUUCCAGUGAAGUUUUCCGAGUGGACGAUUCUCUCCCCCUGCCUCCCUCCACGCCCCCACCAUAUUCCCGGCUACAGGUCCAUGACAACCGCUUGGUCUCGCAGUCAUCCACAGGGUCCUCAGAAAGCAGUCUAAGUCACAUGACCGAGGAGAAGCCAGUGUUGCCGGGGGUGACAGUGCGUGCUGCCACUAAAGAGAAUCUUGUACAACUUGUUGUACAGAGCAUAGAGCCAGAUGGACGAUUGAUAGGAGGCAGUGAUUUUCCGAGUGUUUUGUUUUUAAUGCACCAAUGGUUUAUGACCUCAGAACAGCUAGCCAGUGCUUUCAUUGACUUAUAUCAGUCUAGCGAUGAGAUCAUCUCGUGUACCAGGACUGGCUGUCAACACAUCCCAGCUAAUGAAGACUGUGAGAUACAGAAAUACAAGUGCUGUAUUUGCCAUGCUGUCAGGUUUUGGAUAAACAAUUACCCAAUCCAUUUUGACCUGGAUGGGAAAUUAAAAACAGUCAUGAACGACUUCCGAACCAUCGCUCACUCAGAAGGCAAUGAUGUGUGUAAACAACUGCUGGACCUGUCUAAAGUUCCCACAUUUGAUUGGAUGAGAAGGAUCUCUGUCAGACCUGGAAAGCACAACAGAAAGGUGUCCUUAGUGUUCAACCACUUAGAGCCGAUGGAGUUAGCGGAGCAUUUGUCAUAUUUAGAGUACAAGGCAUUCCGUAGAAUAAAUUUUACAGAUUUCAAAAACUAUGCAAUGACGGGAUCCAUUAAGGAUAAUCCCAAACUUGAGCGGUCCAUAGCCCUGUUUAACGGUCUAUCCCAGUGGAUCCAGUGUAUGGUGCUCAGCAAGACAACCCCACAACAGAGAGCAGACGUCAUUGUCAAAUUCGUUAAUGUUGCUAAGAAAUUGCGGCUGCUGAACAACUUCAACACCUUGAUGUCAGUAGUAGGGGGCUUAACCCACAGUGCUCUGGCCAGACUGUCAAAAACUAACCAAGAAAUCCCUAGUGAUACUCAUAAGACGCUGUUGGAGUUUACUGACCUCCUGUCAUCCAAUAACAACUUCAGCAACUAUCGGAAAGUCUUCAACCAGAUCAAAGCCACAGACUUCAAAAUCCCGAUACUAGCUGUACAUUUGAGGGACUUAAUUCUUCUACAUACAGCAUUACCCGACCAAGUGGAGGGAACUCUCAUUAAUUUCCGUAAAAUGGUGCAGCUCUCUCAGACAUUAAAGGAACUGACCAAGCUUCAAAUACAUGAUACCAUUCCAUUCACUGCUAAUGUGGACCUUGUCAAUACACUCAGGUUAUCCCUUGAUUUACACUACACGGAAGAUGAGAUUUACGAACUGUCUUUGGCACGAGAACCCAGAAAUUCCUUGUCAUCUGUUAGUGAAACACCGUCCACUCCAACCAAGCCAGCUGUGGUGUUUGCUGAGUGGCUAGCAGGAGUUAGCCCCCCUGAUCCCAAUACGAUUAACAAACAUGUCCACGAUAUGGUUGAGGCAGUAUUUAAGAAUUAUGACCAUGACAAGGAUGGUUUUAUUUCUCAUGACGAGUUCAAGGCUAUAGCUGGGAACUUCCCCUUCAUUGACUCGUUUUGUGUGUUGGAUGCUGAUCAAGAUGGCAUGAUCAGUAAGGCUGAAAUGAAGACCUACUUUUUUAAGGCCAACUGCCAUGUGUUACAGAACAGUUUUAAACAUGAUUUUCAUGAGACUACCUACCUGAAGCCCACGUUCUGUACCCACUGUACCGGACUGUUAUGGGGUUUAAUCAAGCAAGGCUGGAAAUGCAAAGAUUGUGGUAUUAAUGCUCAUAAACACUGUAAAGACCUGGUUGUGAUGGAGUGUCGAAACAAACAGCAGGCAGCAGGAAAUAAACGCCCCGACGUUGUUCCUAAUGGCCCAUCAUCACAUGAGGUGGGAACCUACUCAGGGCGGAGGAAAGUCUCGCAGCGACAGAAGCGAUCACGAGUGAGUGUGGGAACACAGACAGAGGAAGUGUAUUUUACUGACCUUCGACGGUCCAACAUGAAUGGGGACGAAGAAUUUUACGAGGGUCAAGAAGACGUCUUCACACGGCUGGCCCAGACAGACGAGGUCAGAGAAAAGUUGAUAGCAGAGAAUGCUAAGCUGAAGGAACAGUUGGAAUUGAGCAAUGAACAAAAUGCUCUCCUUAGGUCUCACCUUGGAUUGAUUCGCAAAAACACUAUAGCUUUUAUCCUCGAACAGAUGGAUGCCCUCCACAUACAGCGAGAUACUGAGGUGUAGCCGGGCAGGACCUAGCGCCACCUACCAAAAUCCAUAAUCCACCCCCUGUGUUCACACAGUGAAUCUUCAGUGACAUUCCAAACACAUACAGUUACAGACAUGUGACAAAAAUGGUCACAUGGGAGAUUCUGUGUUAUAGACAUGUGACAAAAAUGGUCACAUGGGAGAUUCUGUUAUAGACAUGUGACAGAAAUGGUCACAUGGGAGAUUCUGUUAUAGACAUGUGACAGAAAUGGUCACAUGGGAGAUUCUGUUAUAGACAUGUGACAGAAAUGGUCACAUGGGAGAUUCUGUUAUAGACAUGUGACAGAAAUGGUUACAUGGGGGAUUCUGUGUUAUCAUAUACUGAAGCUUAAUUGUUGUUUAUGUUAUAUGACAAAAGUGCUCACAGAUUUGACCAAGUAAUGAGUUCCGACUUCGUUCUGGUCAGGUUUAAACAUUCCAGACAAGCAAGCGUUUUUGUACAAUAUACAAGAAGAAGAGCUUUGAUAGGGUUUAACGAAAUUGUGGACAUUUGAUAGCUGCAAAAACCAGGAGAAAAAUUUUCUCCAUUAUUUCAAAGUGUGUUCUAAGUCAAACCAUGAUGUCUUUCAGAUGCAUUGUGAGUGUAAGACAGAUUUAAUGUCCUAUUGUUAUGCAUGUCGUGGUAUUUCAUACGCAUUGUAUCAAUGGUAUGGGACUGAACAGACUGUAGUGGAGGACAGGAGUAAGACUGACAUCACUAUGAUAACCUGUUUCACGUCUUACCUUCGAUCCUCACACAGAUACACAUCAUCUUAUCCUCAACUACCAGUGUUGUGCCAUACAGACAACUUAUCUACUUUCAUUUUCAUUCCAAUUUCUCAGAUCAAACUCAUGGAAAAUGUAACCAGUAUAGAUCUGAUUCUUUUAUGGGACAUGUUUAUUAGCUGUCAUUGUUGACAAAACUGAAUAUUUUUUCAUACGUAAAACAACCCUGUAUUUUCUUAUGAUGAUCUGCAUUUUGUUUUCCAUGUUUACUUGUAUGACGACCUUGACAUCAAACUACGAUGUAGAUAUUUUAUUUGAAAAUUUUAUUCUAUGACAUCAUAUGAAAUCUUUUGAACAAUCAAAUUAUAUUAUUAAUAAUAUUCCAGAAGUUAGAUCUGUUAGUGAACAAUCUCAGUGUAAAAGUACCAUUAGAUUCUUGUGUAUAAUCAAGAUCUCGUAACAGAGAUAGUGUUUACUGUUUGUAAUCAAAUCCUUAGUCAUGAAUCUGCUGAGAUAAAGGGACUUUCUGAACAAUGAAAUGCUGUUAGUACUACCAAAAAUGUUUGGGGACCCAGAUAAAGCAGCAGGUUACCGGUGUCUUUUGAACAAAUCCACAACCUGUACAAUCAAAGAUCUGUUUUUGUUAAUUUUGUUAGUUGCCGACAUGUUGUUUGAUCCUUUUCUCCUUCUCAUAUUGAGAUCUUGUUUUUGCUGAUGUUAAGUUUUAAAUGAUUGUUAUGUUUUCUGAUUUUUCUGGGUAUUUUACGAGGAAGUUUACAUUUUUUAAAACACCAAUCAAACAAAUCGUAAACUGCAUAUCAACUUUUAUUCGACUGCACCACUAUUCAAACACUGUGAAACAAUCAUUUUGUACAUCAUACGAUAUAUAGUUAAGUUGGCUUACUUAUAGGUAUUACUUAUCACAAACAAAUUUUCUAUUGGUGGUUCACAAACAAAAAUAAAAGUGACGAGUCAAAGAGUUCUUGCAGUGUUGUUAGCUCAAACCACAGACCUUGCAUCAGAAUUUCAGACUUUUUUUUAUAGAUUUAAAAAUAAUCUUUUACAGAAACUUUUUAAAAAUAAAAUGUUUUGAACCUUAACUGUAUCUGACUCAAUUGUAACAUCUUUUCUGUCACAAAACCAGAAAUGUUGUAACAGUAUGUUUGACUGUAUUUUUUAUUGUUUUUUCUAAGUCAAUACCACACAGACUAGCAAUUCAUUACACCUUACUGUGACAUACUGUAAAAUAUGGAGCCAAAAUACAUCUGUGGUAUGUUUGCAUAUAUGAUGUGUCCAAGCUUGAUAUGAAAGAUAAAACUAUGUACAUAUCAUCUUGUAUCAUAAAUGGCACUUUGGAAAGAGAGAAGAGAUAUGCAAAUAUUUGAUAUCCCAUAGAUUAUGUAGAGAAAUAGAGUAUUUAUUAUAAAUUUUGAUUGGGCCAAUUAUUGAAUGAGGUUAUUGAUUUUGUUUUAAGGAAUCAGCUGGUGUGCAUUGAAGUUACUUUUUAUUUAUUUGUCGGAAGUCAAAUUGCAGAACUAACUUUGAUGUGUUUUUAGCUCACCUGAGCUUUACUGAUCAAAUGUGUCCAUUGCCUGUUGUUGUCAUGAACUUCUCAAGAUUUCAACCAUGCCCAAAGAAUCCAUGAGUUAAGGGAUUCAAAUAAAAAAGAAGGCUCAUGCCUCAUACAAGGAGAGGUGAUUUGGAAAUAUAGAAAAUAGGGUGGGUGUUUGAAUUAUGCCAAAUUUGCAUAUUAGGUUCAUAUGUUACAGUAUGGAUAGAAAUUUGUUCAAAUCAUGAGCUUUAGGGCAACGAAAGGGGAUUAAAGGUUUUCCUACAAGUUGGUGUAUAUAUAUUUAUACAUAAAUAUAUAUUUUCAAAUUGAUAUUCAAGUGUAACAGGAAGGGAGAAAAUGCAAUGGACAAGACUGGGAUUCGAACCCGGGUCCCUUGGAUCUCUAGUCAGGUGCUCUACCAACUGAGCUUUCUGGCCACCAGCAAUCGAACCCGACUGACUGCUACAUUCCUCCCUUCUUAAAUGUCUUCACACUUGAAGACAUCAACCCAGGAUCUUAAUCCCCUGGCAGGCAUUUUCACCAGUCAGUUCCAGGGGUGGCCUACGACACCAAAUGUAACAGGAAGUGAGAGAAUGCAACGGACCAGACCGGGAUUCGAACCCGGGCCCCCUGAAUCUCUAGUCAGGUGCUCUACCGAGAUUUCUGGCCACCAGCGAUCGAACCUGAUUGACCGCAACACAAACAAUAUCUUGCAAGGUUUUUUUUCUCAAACCAUCAUUGUGUGAGAAAACAGGAAUUAAAGAUUUUUUUUACAAGUUGAUAUAUCUAUGUAAUAGGAAAACUCUUCUCAAAAACCACAUGACCAUAUUUUCUCAUUAAUAUGGAAGUAAAGAUUUAUAUAGAUUUAAGAAUUGCCUUAUAGUUUGUUGGUUGUUUUUUUUUGCAAAUUACUGUAAAAGUGUUAUUUACGCGUGGGGGAAAUUUACACCAAUUACGCAGCCACACAAUAAGCACUUAAAUUUCCCCCACGCGUAUAGUUGUAAAUAUUUGAUAUAAUAUAUAUUGAAUUCAGAUAUCAUGUAUUUUUCCCCCACACGUAAUGUUUGACAUGGAAAAACAUGUACUUAAGGAAGUUAGCUCCUGAGCUUUGAGCACAACUGCGCAGGAUGCUAAAACUAAGUAUUUACUGAUUUAAUACUGAUCCCAUCGGUGCAAACAUAUUAAGCAUUUACGACUGAACCCUAUCCAGUUGAAAAAUUUUGUGUCCAUUCAAAUUUUGAAAGGGUUCGGCAGGGACUGGGACUAUAUUUUGUGGUGGAAGAAUUGAUUAAUCAAAACGUUCUAAAUCUGCAUGAUAUUACAGUUUCUGUUUCAUUCAAUAUACACCUUUAUCCUCUAUUUUAUACUCCUAUAUCUGUAUUUCAGUUUUAUAAUUUAUGAUACAAGUAGUUCAGACUUGGAACUAGUUCAAAUGUUGCAAUUUAUUAAUUUGGUUGAUGUAUUUUCCCAAACAGAAAACCAGUUCUUAAAAAAGUUUGAAUUAAUUUACUUGAAAUUUUGUAUAAAAAUUCAGUAUUUUCACUGAUAAUUUAAAAUUUUGAUCUCCAACCCCCAUUUUUUUAAGUUCCAUUUUAAAUUCUAAGACAAAACCUUGAAAAUUAUGUGAAAUUUUAGAAAUUGACAUUACUCCUAAUACGUCCUUUUAAACUAUCAAAUUUGAUAUCGUGAAUUUUUUCGUAUAUCAAGUGCAGAAAGGCCAUUAUUUAUUUCCAUUACUUGUAUUAAACUUUUUUUUUUAUCUUUAGUGUUAGAAGACAUGAUUAGGUAUCUAUUUUAUGUAAUGAUUGAUUUGUGUUACAUAUGUUGUGUUGACACCAACAAACAAAUCAAGUUUAAUUGAAUAAAUCUUUAAGUGCAAAAAGGUCAUGUUUAGCAUUGCGACCCCAUUUCUUCUUUUUAAUUUCCUAAUUCUCCUUCAAUGUAGAAAUCAAAAAUACACUUCCCAAAAAAUUGAUAUUGCUCCAAAUCUUGGUUGCGAACCUCUUUAACCUCCUGCAUAAAUAACCACUUUUACAGUAACCUGCAAAUAGUUUAAUGUAAUGUAGAUGGAAAUACAUGUGUUUUACAGGGGUUUAAAAUUUUACAUAGAAUAUAUAUACAUUUUCAAGAAACAUAAGGGUCCAGUGUUGUUGGGCAAAUUACAAAGAAUGCUACAAUUUGGCUACAUAAUAUGAAUGUGGGCUUGUUUUGUGUAGAUUUGAAUUUCCCCCUCCCUCCCUCCCUCCUCCAUCCACCCACCCUACACCAUGCUAAGACCCAACGAAGUUAUACACUGAUUUUCUGAUAUCUUCUCAUGAACAAGACUAAUUUGGAAAAAUAAUACUCCUUCAUCUACAGGUGCAGGUUUGAAUGAAUUACAACUCCUGGACUACGGUGAGCUCGUAGAUUAAAAAAUUACUCAUGGGGAAUUAUAAUUACUGUACAGUUUGUUAGAAUAUUAUUAUGAUGAUGGUAUGUAGUGUAUAAAGCUGUCCAGUGAAGGUCUUGGCCUACUGUUAGAACACUAUUAGUGUUCCAGUGACACUUGAACUGGUAUGAGUCUUGUCUUGGAUGACCACAGUAACUCAGGUGAGCAGUGUGGCCCUUGGGCCUCUUGUCAUGUUAAAUUUGCUCAAACUACACAUUAUGAUUUUUUCAAAAAGUAUGAUGCUUUAUCAGAAAAUUAUUUACGGUAUAUUUUGACAUUUUAAAAAAAGUAUCUUGUGCAAUAUACUACCAUCAUGUUAGGUUAUGCAGAAUAAAAAUUUAGUGAACAAGCAGGAAUUUAUCCUAUAUUACUUUAUCAUGUUUGAUAAUUACAUUAUGUAUGUUACUUUUGAUAUACUAUAGUAUAUAAAAAUUAUCUACUCUUUCAAUAUUAAUACUUAAAAUUUUCAUCCAGAAACAGAUAUCUCCAUAAUACUCUAAGGUCUCUAAAACACUAUAACUGAUAAAAGAUCUGCAGGUUUCAUUUACAUUUCAGUGACUUGACUUUGAAAUUAACAGAGUAAAAUUGAGGAGGAAUGAAGGGGGGUGGGGUAACCUAGUUAAUGUGAACAAUGAAGACAAUUUUCAUUUCUUAUACAUUUUUAAUGAUAUUGUUUUACCAAUAAAUCCUUGUCAUAAGUCUUGAGUGAAAGGACAGUACUACCUGUGUCCUUCAUUGCGAUCCCUGCAGGUCUCUGAAAUCUGUUUAAGUUUUCAGACCCUUGGUCAGUACAUUAUGAUGUAAUGCAGUUUUUUCAUUUCAUUGGUUUAGCCAGGAUACUAUUAUUUUUAUACUAUUUUCACAGCGUACAUGAAGCCUGGGUGUUGUCAUAAAAACACUGCGAUGUCAUUGUAUUUCUUUUAAUUAAAAUAUUUUAUCAUUUUCACUGGUGAUCAAACCAUGUUACAUAUUAUACACAACAUGGGGUCUGUUUGUUGUGAGGAAAGAUUAAUUAAACAUUAAAUUUC